GCUGUGGCCGCGGGUUCCGCCGCCCGAGGAGCCUGCCGAGCCCUGGGUCCCGUGGCCUGGCGGCGGCGGCGGCGGCGGCGGCGGGCUCCCGCGGUCGCGAUGCUGAGCUCCGGGGCCGAGGCGGCGAGGGCCGCGGCCGACAGGGCCCUGCAGCGCUUCCUGCGCACCGGGGCGGCCGUCAGGUGCAAAGUCAUGAAGAACUGGGGUGUCAUAGGUGGGAUCGCUGCUGCUCUUGCAGCUGGAAUAUAUGUCAUCUGGGGUCCCAUUACAGAAAGGAAGAAACGUCGGAAAGGGCUCGUGCCUGGCCUUGUCAACCUGGGGAACACCUGCUUCCUGAACUCGCUCCUGCAAGGCCUGUCUGCCUGCCCCACUUUCAUCAGGUGGCUGCAGGAGUUCACCACGCAGUACAGCAGAGAGCACGAGGAGGCUCCCCCACACCGGCGUCUGUCGCUUACGCUGCUGCGCCUGCUGAAAGCUCUGUCCUGCCAGGAAGUGACUGACGAUGAAGUCUUGGAUGCCAGCUGCUUGCUGGAUGUCUUGAGAAUGUACAGGUGGCAGAUCUCUUCAUUUGAAGAGCAGGAUGCCCACGAAUUAUUCCACGUCAUCACCGCGUCCCUGGAGGACGAGAGGGACCGCCAGCCACGGGUGACACACCUGUUUGACGUGCAUUCCCUAGAGCAGCAGUCAGAAGUCGCCACCGAGCAGAUGACCUACCACACAAGAGGGUCGCCCCACCCCAUGGCCGCCCAGUGGAAGUCCCGGCACCCCUUCUGCGGACGGCUCAGCAGUAACAUGGUCUGCAAGCACUGUGCGCACCAGAGUCCUGUUCGAUUUGAUACCUUCGAUAGCCUUUCACUCAGUAUUCCAGCUGCCACCUGGGGUCACCCCUUGACCCUGGACCACUGCCUUCACCACUUCAUCUCAUCAGAGUCAGUGCGGGACGUCGUGUGUGACAACUGUACCAAGAUUGAAGCCAAAGGGACGCUGAACGGAGAGAAGGUGGAACACCAGAGGACCACUUUUGUUAAACAGUUGAAGCUAGGGAAGCUGCCCCAGUGUCUCUGCAUCCACCUGCAGCGGCUGAGCUGGUCCAGCCACGGUGCGCCCCUCAAGCGCCACGAGCAUGUGCAGUUCAACGAGUUCCUGAUGAUGGACGUCUACAAGUACCACUUGCCGGGGCGAGGCCCGAGGUGCCACGAGAGCACGGCCAAAACCCUGGAGCCACAGGACAGGCCGGUGGUCCCCAGACCAGUUGCAAAUCAGCCUGGGGUGCCCCAAACCCCGAUUUUUAUGAACGGCGCCUGCCCCCCGUCUUUGCUGCCUUCUCCACCGGCCCCCGUACCCUUCCCCGUCCCGGUGGUUCCUGACUGCAGCUCCUCCACAUACCUCUUCCGGCUGAUGGCGGUCGUCGUCCACCACGGAGACAUGCACUCAGGACACUUCGUGACCUACCGUCGGUCCCCACCCUCUGCCAAGAACCCCCUGGCCACCAGCAACCAGUGGCUGUGGGUGUCUGACGACACGGUCCGCAAGGCCAGCCUACAGGAGGUGCUGUCGUCCAGCGCCUACCUGCUGUUCUAUGAGCGGGUCUUCUCCCGGAUGCAGCAACCCUGCCGCCAGUACAAGCCUGAGGAGUGACGGCAGCCCACAGCCCACGCCGGUGCCCGGACCAGACUCCGUGUGCGCACGUGUGUGUGUGUGUGUGUGUGUGUCCCCACCACAGUCAGCCCCUCAGCCUCUUGGGGUGUCCUGAGAGCAGACCCCCCCCACCCCAGAGCCAGGGGACCCCCUUCAAUCCCCAAACAGUCCUGUUAGCACACACUGGAAGGUAAUGCCGUCAUCAUGUUAGGAAAGUGAGCUUUUGUUUAUUCUUUCUCUACUCAGCUGACACAGGUAAUCAAAGGAAACCAGACUCACCUUUUUGUAUGCUAACAUGAGAAUAUACUUGUGACUUAGAGGGGAGUCAACUUGGUCUGAUCCUCUGCUGUCUCGGUGUGGACCUUUCAUUUUUAAUAAGCAGGUCCCUAAAAAUCAUUGACAAGAAUUUGUGGAACUAUUAAAGGCAACAAUUUGAAGAAAAAAAAAAA